AAUCCAUUUCUUUUUUCUGGACCACCACGUUUUUGCAAGAUGCCAAUUCAAUCCCUUUGCUUUGACCAACCUUUGUCUAUACUUACUCCUCAUCCUUCACUUUACUCACUUCCAAAAUUCAAUAGUUUUUACUAAUUCAUCUCACACUCAAUUCAACUGUUUUCACAAAAAAAAAAGUUAUACAAAACUUGAAAUCAUGAGAGGUUUGAUUUUUACAUCCUCAAAACCACCAUCACCCUCGAAUUCUUUCGCUCAAACGUCUUCGAUGAGCACUCACUCUCAUCACCAAACCUUUUCCGUUUCGAUCAUGGAAGAAGAUUUGUUACACGCCGAACAAAUCAUCAAACGAUGGGAUCUCGACUCUCCGUUUUACACCAAACUCGACUAUUUGUUCACCGGAGACCAACAAGAAGCCCGACAGUUCAUUAUAUCAGUCAACAACUUGCAAUCCGCAAUGCAUUUCUUCAUAUCCGAAAAUGCAAACUCCGAAAAAAUAAUUCACGCUCAGAAGUUAAUGCAAGUCGCAAUGAAGCGGUUGCAGAAAGAGUUUUAUCACAUUUUAUCAGCACAUAGAGAUGUUUUAAAUUAUGUUUCGGCUUCGGUUUUGUUUUCGAAAACUAGAUCGAGUGAUUCUGUUUCGGAUGAAGAUAAUCCUUCACACGAAUACGAUCAAAUUACGACAGUUAUGAAGGAUCUGAAAACGAUUGCGGAUUGUAUGAUCAGUUCCGGUUACGGAAAAGAGUGCGUAAAUAUUUACAAAAUUUUACGCAAAUCGGUUGUUGAUGAAACAAUGUAUAAUCUCCGAAUCGAGAAAUACAGUUUCAACCAGAUCAACAAAAUGAAUUGGAACGUUCUCGAACUGAAAAUCAAGAGUUGGCUAAACGCUGUUAAAUUCGCGGUUAACUCGUUGUUCUCCCGCGAAAGAAUGUUAUCCGACUACGUGUUUACGUCGUCGGAGAAGAUCAGAGAAUCGUGUUUUUCCGAAAUCUGUACGGAACGAGCGCUAGUUCUGUUCGAGUUUCCAGAACUCGUUGCGAAAUCGAAGAAAUCGAUGGAGAGAAUGUUCAAAACUCUAGAUCUGUACAGUGCGGUUUCGGAUUUGUUUCCGGAUAUCGAAACGAUCUUUGAAUUCGAAUCAGUGGCGGUUGUUCGAACACAGGCGGUGACGUCAGUCGUGAAGCUCGGUAACGCCGUUCGCGCAAUGCUAGCCGAUUUCGAAGCGUCAAUACAGAAAGAAACGUUGAAAACUCCGGUGACCGGUGCCGGAAUUCAUCCGAUAACGCGUUACGUGAUGAACUACUUACUUGUUUUAAUAUAUUACACCGACGAAUUAUCCGAUAUCGUUGCGGACUAUCCGCUCCAGUUGCAGAUCCAGUCGCCUGGCAUAGUUGAGGGUGCUUGGUUUGGGGCAUUUUUCGGUUCCGGUGGUACGGGUUUCGGGACUGUUUUUAGUGCUUGCGGUGGUGUUUGUUGUGGGGUUGGUUGUGGUAGUAGUAAUGAGGCAGGUUGUGGUGUUGCGGCGGAAACCGGUGAUGGCACGAGGGCGGUAACUGGUGGUGUUGUUAUUGCAGAAGCGGGUGAUGGUGGUUCAACAUGGCACACAUCAUCGCCGUUGCCGGAAUCUUACUUCUCAAACAAAUUUUCCGACGUGACGUCAUCAGUUUCCGAUCGGUUCACCUGGCUUGUACUCGUUUUACUCUGUAAAAUCGACUCUAACGCCGAUUUAUACACCGACGUAGCGCAAUCGUACAUUUUCCUACUCAACAACCUAAACUACGUCGUUUCGAAAGUACGUAACUCCGGUUUGAGAAACAUAAUCGGUGACGAUUGGAUUGAUAAACACGAGCAGAAACUGAAACAAUACAUUAAAAAUUAUGAACGGAUUGCAUGGAGUAGAGUGACGUCAUCGUUGCAGAUGAAUGGGAAACAAACUGAAAGUAAUAUAUCUGUUAGAGAUUGUUUUAGACAGUUUAAUUUGGAGUUUAAUGAAGCUUACCGGAAACAAUCGGUUUAUGUCGUGUCGGAUGCGAGGAUGCGUGAGGUGAUUAGAAUGUCUCUGGAGGAGAAGAUAUUGCCGGUUUACCGGAGUUUGUAUGUGAAGUAUAGAGGGGAGUUUAAAGGUGUUGAUUCGGUGGUGAAAUAUGCGCCUGUUGAUUUGGAGAAUUGUUUGAAGGAUUUGUUUCAGGGUGAUGGAGGUCAGGGAGAGAGUAAUACUCACUACUAG